AUGAACAAACUCACCCAGGUCUUGUUGCUUCUUUGCGCAAUUCAGGUCGUGGCUCACGACGAUUGUGUUCCUAGCUGGCGUGCCAGGGAGAUUGUGCCAGCCUUCCAAAAGCUUUUCUCAGAUGGCAAUGUGAAUCGAAUCAAGGACACGGUUACCUCCGAUUUCACGGUCUAUUCUGAUAGCCAAGAGUUUACCACGCCGGGGAUCACUCCUGUUUCCGGGGCCGCGGUUGUCAAAGGCCGGGACGCAUUCAUCAAAGCCAAUCCACCUCACCCCGGUGCACCGAAUGCGUUUGUCACGCUUGACACCUUCUACACCUGCAGAAAGAUAGUUUUUCGAUGGGUUGCGCCUGGCGGCUUUGGCGGUAAGAACCCCAUUCGGGGCAUCGAUGUCUUGGAAUUGGCCAAGGAAAAAGGUCAAUGGAAAGUCAAGACCGACUAUUCGGAAUAUAACAAUGUGGGCUUCUUGCAGGGGAUCGGGGUUUGCACAAUCUGCUAA